GGGUUAACGUUACCAGCGAGCCGCAGCCACUGUAACAGGACGGGUAGCUUAUGUGCGAAGGAGUCUACAACUCAUGUCACUGUGAUAGCUGGUUACAUAAGACGUGUAACCUAUGAAGAUACCCAGAUAAUUUUCACCUGAUUGUCACCUGCAAGUACAAGUAUUCCCUGAAUGAAGAUCAUCAUAAUCUCAAUAUUAUCUGAGCACAGAGAUUCAUCAGUAGGUAAUAAUUGGAAUUAACCAUGUUCUCCCAAAAGCCGAGGAAUCGGGAAUUGACAGCCACCCAUCAACAGUAGGAUGUAAGAUACAGGAAAUAUUGAUAUAAUUACUAUGACUAAAGUUGUUGCGAGGCCAGGGUCUGCGCGGACUCGGGCGCUGCGACUGUUGGCUGAGAACCAUUCCAACACUGAAUUAGUCACGCCUUGUCGUCUGCUGCUGGUGUUUAUUGUUUCUUCAAUCAUGAUUGCAGGCAUUUCAUUCAGUGUUGUCCCAGAGGAUUUCCAAGAUGGAUCUCUAGAGGAGGUGAUCAACUUGACACAACAGCCUUACACAUUUAACCACGAAAUGGCAAUGAAGGAGCGGGAAUACAACCUAGAGUAUUACCAGAGGCCACAGCACAACUGGAAGGUGGAGCGAAGAUCGGGACUGUCGGUCAGCGAAUUCUUCGACACCUAUGAUGCUAAAUGGCCAGUGAUACUUACAGAUGUGGUUUCUAAGUGGCCAGCCAUCAACUGGACAAAAGAAGUUUUCAUACAGAAAUAUGGCAAGGAGCGUGUGGUGAUGAAGGCAGUGGUUGGAGGGCUACAGCACGCGACGGGACAUGCUCUGCCCCUGGAGGUGUUCAUUGACCACCUAAAUGAAGCCAGCUUUGACACCUGGACAUACCUGGAAGACGAACUGUUUCUUGUCAUGCGACCAGAGCUGAGAAAGGAUAUUGGCCAAAAUGAAUAUGCUGAGGAAAAUUUCUUUAACCUGUUUCCGGAGAUGGUGCGUCCCUGGGAUUGUAUGAUGCUGUGGGGAACAGCCCAUUCCCGCUCCACCCUACACAUGGACCCCUAUAAUUGGACUGGUAUUAGUGCAGUUCUCCAGGGACACAAAAAGUGGAAGUUGAUUCCUCCUGGCCAGGACCAUCUCCUGUAUGUAGACCCUGAAGCUCGCUGUGGAUUUCCACUCGAGUGCCGCAAAUAUAAUAGUCCCAUUGAUGCAUUUGAUGUGGAUACCAAGAAAUACCCACGCUUUAAACGGCUGCAAGUCCUUGAAGCAGAUGUCUACUCUGGUGAAAUGCUCAUUAUACCGACGGGCUGGUACCAUCAGGCCUUUAACGUAGAACAGACACUGGCACUGUCACAACAGAUGAUGAACAGGAACAACUACCUGGCAAUACUGGAGGAAAUCAUCAAGGCAGGGAAUUUAAAGAGGAAGAAGUUACCCACUUACUUUAGUACCCUGCUCCCUCCAGAUCAGGUGAAAGUGUUGAUGUCACUCCUCCCUAAAAAGGUGCUACAGCACGGUCACGACGUCACAAAGGACAUAUUGGAACAAAUCAAGAAAACUAAGGACAAUCAAAAUAAAGUCAAAUCAGGGCUAGAGGAUGGACAGGAAAACAUGUCUAUUUGGGUAUGAAGUCAGGGCUAGAGGACAGCCAGGAAAACAUGUCUAUUUGGGUAUGAAGUCAGAGCUAGAGGACAUCCAGGAAAAUAUGUCUAUUUGGGUAUGAAGGCAGGGCUAGUGGACAGCCAGGAACACAUGUAUAUUUGGGUAUGAAGUCAGAGCUAGAGGACAGCCAGGAAAAUAUGUCUAUUUGGGUAUGAAGUCAGGGCUAGUGGACAGCCAGGAACACAUGUAUAUUUGGGUAUGAAGUCAGAGCUAGAGGACAGCCAGGAAAAUAUGUCUAUUUGGGUAUGAAGUCAGGGCUAGUGGACAGCCAGGAAAACAUGUAUAUUUGGGUAUGAAGUCAGAGCUAAAGGACAGCCAGGAAAACAUCAUGUAUAUUUGGGUAUGAAGUCAGGGCUAAAGGACAGCCAGAAAAACAUGUCUAUUUGGGUAUAAAGUCAGGGCUAGAGGACAGCCAGGAAAACAUGUAUAUUUGGGUAUGAAGUCAGAGCUAGAGGACAGCCAGGAAAACAUAUAUAUUUGGGUAUGAAGUCAGAGCUAGAGGACAGCCAGGCAAACAUGUAUAUUUGGGUAUGAAGUCAGAGUAGAAGACAGCCAGGAAAACAUGUCUAUUUGGGUAUGAAGUCAGAGCUAAAGGACAGCCAGGAAAACAUGUAUAUUUGGGUAUGAAGUCAGUGCUAGAGGACAGCCAGAAAAAUUUGUCUAUUUGGGUAUGAAGUCAGAGCUAGAGGACAGCCAGGAAAACAUGUCUAUUUGGGUAUGAAGUCAGAGCUAGAGGACAGCCAGGAAAAUAUGUCUAUUUGGGUAUGAAGUCAGGGCUAAAGGACGGUUCUGAAACUGUGUCAAGAAAGUUUGCCCAUAAAUGUGUAUGAAUAACAGCAAAUAUCAACAUGUCUUAUCAAUUGUUUUUUUUAUUCAUUCCAGCAAGUUAAUUAUGUAAUUAUUUGAUCUCCAAAGAUGUCUCAUAUUUCCAUGUUGUUUGUUAGAGACUGUUGUUUGGAAUGUACUUUUUGUGUAGGUAUUCUUUGUAAUUCCAUCGCAUUAAUUGUCAAAUACUUAUUUGAUCUCCAAUAAUGUCUUACAGAUUUUAGCUCGCCUAUUCGGAGAAAAGGGUUAGUUAAUGAGAUUUUAGCUCGCCUAUUCGGAGAAAAGGGUUAGUUAAUGUAGUGAAACUGGCAUCAGCAUCCCACUUACUGAGGUUUAAGUUCUUGGGCAAGUUUUUUCCAGACAGAGUUGGACCACCACCAUCAGUGGGCUGUUGUCUAUUAUAAGGUUGAAGUAUUUAUAUGUAGUGUUAGCAGUGUGCUGAACCAAUACUUUCAUAUUUUAGGGGCCAAAUCAGCUUAACCGGACCUGGUUAAAGUUUUGGGGCAAGUUUGCAUGUGCAGUGUUGGAUUGGUCACCACCAUCAAUACGCUGUUGACUACAUCACGUUGUCUGGUCAUCUCUUCUUUUGAAAUGCACAACAUGUUAAGGUACAGCAAAACCUUGUUAUAUUGCCACCAUUUGUUUCAAAGAAAUAUUGGCAUUAUAAAGGGGUUUGGCAAUGAAUUGAGGGAAACGUAUGAAGGAAUUCUUAAUAAAAACAUAAUUAAGGGACCUGAAAUAUGUUGGCGGUAAGCGAGGUGGCAAAUAAAAUAAAGGACCUU